AUGUGGUCAAUUCUACUGAUCAGCACUUUUCUCUCUCUUUUCCCCUCCGUUCUUACAUCUAUUAUCCCACCGUCUCGAGAUCCCUACCUCGGCGGAGCCGUUGCAUCUGUAGUCACAUUAUUCGAGCCCCAUAACUCCGAUCCCACCAACCUACUCGACUAUCAAACAUACUACGACAGCUCCAACGUGGACUGCAGUCCAUCCUACACACGCCAAACAGACAGUGAUGACCUCUCUGCAUCAAACGCCUCCCUCGAUAUCCCAUUCAUCGGAACUGCCCUCAACCUUGGCUGGUGGGUAUACACCACAGAUUACGAAGGCCUUAAAGCCCAAUACACAGCAGGUCUCCAAUCAGGCCAGGCCGUGCUGGAUUCCACCCGCGCAGUUCUCCACGCAGGACCAUCCCUCGGCCUCUCCCAUAACUCGCGUUACGUACUAUGGGGCUACUCAGGCGGAGCACUGGCUGCAUGCUGGACAGCAGAACUUCAGCCCUCGUACGCACCGGAUCUGCAAUUUGCUGGAAUAGCAGUUGGAGGCACAGUGCCGAAUAUCGACUCGGUUUUACGAACAAUUAAUAACGGAUCUAGUGCUGGGCUUGCAUUUUCGGGAAUAUAUGGACAAGCACGCGCGUAUCCUGAUAUGACGGGUUGGUUGGAGGGGAGUCUUCUUGAGGGGAGGCGGGAGGAUUUCUUUUCUAUUGCGAGUGGGUGUUCGGCGAGGGUUUUGGAGUUGGGGGAGGGGAUGGAUUUGUAUAGUCAUUUUAAGGAUGGGAAAGGGGCGUUUGAGAUGGAUAUUCCGGUUUCGGUGUUUAGGUGA